AUGGCAUUCACCCUGGGCGUCGCUCUGGCUUUGGCAUUCGGAGCCAGUCCAGUCAGCGCCGGGCUGGAAGAGAUUGACCAUGUCGUGCUCUUCAUGCAAGAAAACAGAGCUUUCAACCAUUAUUUCGGAACUAUGGCCGGCGUGAGGGGAUUCAAUGAUCCUAAUGUUCAAGUCAAUGCGGAUGGACGGUCCGUAUGGUAUCAGGAGGUUAACCAAGACCUGACCAACACAACAGAUUAUCUACUCCCAUGGUAUCUGAAUUACCUAGGCGGAAACUGGUCGGAUGCGACACAAUGCAUGGUAGCCGGCGACAACGGUUACGAGUCGAACCAGGCCUCUCUCAACGGCGAUCUGAACAACCACUGGGCGACGAAUAACACGCCGUGGAGCUGGGGUUACUUUAAAAGAGACGAUCUCCCGGUCCAUUUUGCCAUGGCCGAGGGUUAUACCCUCAACGACAUGUAUCAGGAAGGUCAAAUCACUGCGACAAAUGCAAACCGCGCGACGUGGGUUAGUGGUACCAUCAAUGCCCCUGGCAGUCCGACCAACCCAAAUGGGACAGUUGGAGCCUACAUCGAUAACAACGAGACCCCUGGCUGUGAAACGGGCCUAGGUGGCGAUUACUCCUGCUAUCCGCUGACCUGGGAAACGAUCUUUGAGGUGUACGAACGCAUUGGGGUAAGUUGGCAGGUGUGGCAAGACACAGACAACUUCGAUGACAACCCAAACGCCUGGUUCAAACAAUACCAAGAUGCAGGCCCUGGUUCUGCGUUGUAUGAGCACGGCAAUUCGUUUCUGUACACACUAGACGACUUCACUGCCGCCGCCGCCAACGGAUCGCUCCCCAUGGUCAGCGUUAUCGUUGGACAAAAUGAGCUGGCAGAACAUCCUCCAUGGAUGCCAAAGGACGGGGCCUGGCUACAGCAACAGAUCUUCAACGCAGUUACUAGCAGUCCAAAGUACAAUUCCACUGCGUUGAUUGUUUCGUAUGACGAAACUGGCGGUUUCGGCGAUGCUGUGACUCCUUUCCACUCCCCGGCCGGCACAACUGGCGAGUGGAUGGAAGAUCCUUUGGGUACCUUUGGCCAAGUAUACACAGGCCCCGGAUUUCGCGUCCCAGCCUGGAUCGUAUCGCCAUGGACCCGUGGUGGACGAGUUUUCAGUGAGCGGUGCGACCAUAACUCUCAGAUUCUGUUUAUAGAAAAGUGGCUCGAGGCCAAAGGAUACCGCGACUAUGAGCUGGCGGGCAUGGGUCCUUGGCGUCGCCAGCAUAUGUGCGACUAUGUCAACGCUUUUGAUUUUUCUAGCCCCAACUACAGCAUCCCCGAGGUCCCCGUUGCCGAUAAACCUCACCAAGACGCAAGCGGUAAUUUCGAUGGAACAUCUCUCUGUCUCGCGACCUACACCGAACAACGGCCAGCGGUUCCAUAUGGAGAGCAGACGCUAGAAGACGCACUCUUCUUUGAGGACGGGUUCAAGGAGGUCAUUGGUUAUUUGACCGAGGGCAGAUACCUGACCUUUGAGAUGAAUGAUUUCGCUCUCACCAACCCAUCUGCGAAUGCGAACAGCAGCGGAUUCGUCUCGAUCAGCCCCGCGACUUCGGAUCACAAGAGCAAAAACCAGCGCUGGGUCAUUCACUACUCUCAGGGCAGCGAAAGCGGGGUCUUCCGCAUCUCGAGCGGGCUGGACGGCCGCUGGAUCACCCUGGGAGGAAUCCUCGUGCCAGCUGAAAAGGAGAGCCUGGCAGCCGACUUCAAGAUUUCCUAUCUCGGAAACGGCAAGGGAUACACUGUGCAGUAUGCGCUCCCGAAAAAAAAGAGCUAUCUAAGCAUUGGGACGGACGGGGAUCUAAAGAACGGCACCAGCAGCGCCAGCGGGUUCAAGGUCUAUAGUGUCUCGUAUCACAAUUAG